GUCCAAGCAAAUGUAGCAGGUAUUUAAUAAUGAACCUGAAACUGAAGAAGGAGGCUUCAGGAUUGCUGAAAUCAGGAGACUUUAAGUUCAGAGUGUCUAACCAAACCGAUUGCUUCAGCCGUCCAAGAGGUUCAUUGAGGAUAUGUGCAUGCUGAUGCAAAGUGUGCAAAAGAACAACGCCACUACUGUUCCAAAGGUCAUGUUGGGAGCAUUUGGACAUCACCCCAAAACCAGGAAGGAGUUCUUCAAGAUCACCAAUAAGGUUUUGAUUUUCUUCCUUUUCAUUUCGGCGUGUACACGUCCUCAUGUUUAUAAAUGGCUAUGUUUUGAGGAUUAUGUUUAAUAGUGCAGAUUAACACAGCUAACUUUUAUUUUGAAUCCUUGCUCAUUAUUAUUUUAUAUAAUUGCUAUCCAGUUAUAUUCUUGUCAACACAGACAAUUAAUUUACGUAUUCAGAUUCAAAUCAUUACAAAAUUAAAUAGAUUUUUCUCUUAAUACAGAGAUGCAAUGUUAUUUCCUAACAAAAUGAAUCAAUAGCUUUGGAUAGUGAACAUAACUCAUUAGUUGCUCACAUUUAUCUUCUGCAAAAAAAAAAAAAGGUAAAAAAAUAGCCAGAUUUGACUUCAAAAAUUAAUUCUCAUCACCACGAGUAAACGUGACUGCAGCAUAUAUCAUAAAUAGCUUUUACCAAAAAAGACUGCUUUGAAUAGAUUGAUAUUUUAAGCCAAUUAAGUAAAAGAGAAGACACGACAGUAACCAAAUCCUUUUCGACGAGAGCUGUGCUGGCUGGCUGUCUGUCUGUCUGUCCGGGACGUCACCGAAAGGAAAAGAACCGCGGGGGCUGCCGCUCUUGUUUUGUCUCCGAUGACCUACCAUUUUUUGAACCACUUCCUUCCACACCACUUCUUUCAUUAUGUUGAUCUGUGAAGUGGAACGUAAUGCUUGCAGAGUAGAGAGGUCAGGGGCUCCCACUGCCUGGAUACAUACAGUCUAAUAUUAGAACAUUUCCUUGAUUUGUUAGCAGCAUCUCUGCUGAUUCCUAAGCACAUGGCAACAAGCGGGCCAAUAGAAUUUCAAGAGCCCGCUAAGCACCUCGCUCUGUAUAGCAACAGUGGCAUCCUUCUUUUAUUUAUUUAUUUUAGAGCUUCCCCCCCCUCUCCCGCCGAUUCAUUCUCAUGCUUCUGACUCCCAGCUCACUAUGCUCUUCAAGUGUGAAAAAGAGUUCCAGUCAGAAGAGAACAGUGCUGCUUUCUUUACUUAGAAAAUAGCAACAUUUUUUUAGUUUCUUUUUUUUUCUUGUUCUGAUCUAUUCUCAAAUGUCAGCCUUUUUACCUGCCACUCCAGAAAAGUUUCUUUAUUUUCAGCCAUUUGAAAGAAUAAACAAAAAAUGGGCUUAGUCCUGGAAAAGUCUGGAAAAGAAUUCUAAGGACAGGAAGUGUCACUGGAGGAUAAAAAAAAAAAAAAAGACAUACCCAGGAGGAAUGACAUCACGGCAAGAAGUUGUAUUCAGAUGGGAUAUACACACAUCGGGAGGAGAGGAUUUUCAAAGAUGGAGGAUACAGGAGAAGAGGCGGUACAGGAUAGGAGGAGCGGAAGGACAUAAGAUGGCGUGAGGACCCAAGCCGGUGGUUGGUUUGAUCUGAGCCACGUGUGCGUCCGGCCGGCCACGUCUCUUCGCCGCUUCAUGGAUGUCGACGAAACCGAUGGCCGCUCUCCGCAGUCCUGGACCGGGCUGUUCAUCGGUCACUUUCAAGCAACUAAUAUCUAAAUGAGCCAAUCAUAGCACAAAACUCCGAAAAUGACUUCAAAUGCAAACGGCACUGGCUGGAUCAAGCUCUACUGACUGUCGGUCUGCUCAAGGAUGUGGUUCAGAAAAAUGAGCACUACCUCCUGAACAAAUGGCAUUUGUGAAAUCUGCAAAUCUGUCUCCCUCUCCAUCGUUGGCCAUGAGUGUAACUGGCAGCUGAUAGAUAAUCUAGCAUGUGAUCAACGGAAUUGAGGAACCCCAGCGUCCUGCCCGCUACACCACCUCAAUUGAAUUUUGUCGGGGAAAAUGGCAGAUGCAGGUUUCCACCUCUGGACAGCAGACAAGUUCCAGGCUGCAGAUUUGCUGACGUCACCGUUCGCAGCACUCAAUCUUGUGGAAGAGACGGGGGAUGAGCCCCAAUCCCAUUCCGCGUGUCCUCCCAUCACGUCAUCGCCAUCCAGCCAGUCAGCGCGGGAGACCGGGAUGAUGUGUUCAGCUUCAUGCUCAGCAGAGCAAGUGUUCUCGGAGACAAAGAUGAAGAGAAAUGACAGCCAGGCUGAGUCUCUGACAGCUUUUGGGCAGGACCUUACCACCAUCGCUGAUGCUGAUAAUGAUGUGUUCCAAGACUUGGGAAAGGAAGACGGGAUCCAAGCCAGCUUCAUCACCAAAGCAAUGGCACCAUGCGAUACCUGCUCUGAACAGCUGGUUGAUGCAGAGUGGUAUUGGGGCAACAUCUCAAGAGAUGAAGUGAAUGGAAUGAUGAGAAACACACCCGAUGGAACAUUCUUGGUGCGCGAUGCUUCCAACAAGGUCAAGGGAGAAUAUACACUCACGCUGAGGAAAAACGGCUCCAAUAGACUGAUAAAGAUUUUCCACGAUGGAGGAAGGUACGGCUUCUCCGAGCCGUUGACCUUCCAUUCUGUGGUGGACCUUAUUCAGUAUUACCAGAACAGGUCACUGGCCCAGUACAAUUCCAAACUGGACACACGGCUAUUGUUUCCCAUCUCUAAAUAUAUGCAGCAAGCUGUGAUGGAGCUUGACAUGGAUGCGGUGAGAGAACGGCUCAAGGUAUUUCAGGGCCAAUACGAAGGGAAGAGCAAAGAGUACGACCGUCUCUAUGAGGAGCUCAACCAAACAUCACAGGAAUUGCAGACUAAAAGGAUGGCCGUUGAGGCCUUCAGCGAAAUCAUUCGGAUUUUCGAGGAGGAGUGUGAAACUCACGAACGCUACAGCAAGGAAUACAUCGACAUGUUCUUCAAAUUAGACAACAGCGCGGAGACUGACAAGCUGCAAAACAACCCGGACGAGCUGCAAUCCAGAGUGGAGGAGAUCCAUAAUAGCAAAAUAAAGUUGGAGGAGGAAUUAAGGAGGAAGGUGCUUGCCCACAUGGAGCUUGACAGGAAAUUAAACCACUUGAAACCAGACCUUGUGCACCUCAGGAGGAUCAGAGAUCAAUAUUUGUUCUGGCUUUCUCAGCAAGGAACCAGGCAGAGCCAGAUUGAUGACUGGCUCGGUGUACGCAAUGAAGAAGACCCGUACACUCUAGCAGACGAUACGCACCGCGAAGAGCGGACAUGGUACGUGGGAGGUAUGACUCGGAAGCAGGCCGAGGAGCUUCUGGAAGGCAAACGAGACGGCACGUUCCUCAUCAGAGAUAGCCAAAGUCAAAAAGGAUCCUUUGCCUGCUCUGUCGUUGUGGACGGGCACGUGAAGCACUGUGUGAUCAACAGGACGUCCACAGGCUACGGCUUUGCUGAGCCCUACAACUUGUAUUCGUCACUCAGAGAGCUGGUCCUCCACUAUCAGCACACAUCCCUGAUCCAACACAACCAGCAGCUGAAUGUAACCCUGGCCUGGCCUGCUCUCAGCCAGCAGCCCAGCUGAGAAACCACCAGCACGUCACACUGAUAGCACUUUCUCAACGCUUCACUCACUUAUGGGCACUCGGAAAAAGACAACGACAAAAAAAAAAGAUGAGGGACAUCUUUAACCAGCUCAAACUAAAAAAAAAAAAAAAGUAGUUUUUACAAUUUCAAUGUGAUUAUUAUUAUUAUUUUUUUACAUACUGUAUAUGACCAACAAUCCUAUAAAUAUAAGUCACAUCAAAAUACUAAAAGUAGACAUCAUUUUGAAUGCUCCACAUUAGUAAAUGAUCAAAUAUGUUAAGUUGAUUAAAUUCAGUUUUUUUGAGUGGGUCGAUAAAGAAAAAAUUAGGACAACAGGUCAGAACUGCCUGAUAUAAAUGACAUUUUAAAAAUAAACCCCAGAAAGGUUUAUUAAAUGAUUACAAUUUAUUGCAAUUAUUCUUUCAGCCACUUCAUGUCUACUUAACAUAUUCAUUUAUUUUAAUAUAUAUUAAAAUACUCAAAAAUAAUUACAAAUAUUCUAGUCUCAGACAAAUUUCACAAGUAUAAUCAAAACAAAGAUUUUGUAAAAAUAAGACUUACAAAUCUUCCCCCCAUUUAUUUGUGUAGUUGAUUUGUAAAGAUUAAAUAUAAUUGAAUUGACCCACCAAAAAUGCAAGAUUUUAAUCCAACUAAAUAGUCUUCCUUUAAAUGAUGCCUGUGCGUGGUAAGCAUGGAAUUUAUUUCAUAAAAUUAGGUAUAGUGUCUAAGAUAAGAACAUUGUUUAGUGUAAAAAAAAGAAAAAAAAGAAAAUCCACUUUAGUCUGUGUUGUAUGUUAAGUCACACAAGACGAUGAUGUCAAAGUGAAGUAUUAAAAUAAGGCGAUGAGAAGCAGAAUAAUGAAAUGAUUCCAAAGGACAAAAGUAGGGGAAAAAAAUUACAAUUUGAGCUACUAAAGCGUUUGACUGAUUCCAAUGCAUCCGCAUCUAUAGAUCCAGGUUAUGAGAUUUGAGCUGGAGAAAGUAAUCCAGGAAAUUCUGGAUUAAAAGUGCCUUUGGGUGGUUUUUGUAAUGAUAUUUCCAUUUGCACAGGAAAAGCACAAGGAAAAAGUCCAUUCGAUUUCUUGCAAGUUUAGCUUUCAGCUCAGUCACGACUUCCACUUUUAAGGAAGCUUUUGAAUUUUGUUGAUGAGCAGGUUUGAAAUCCAAUUGGUUGCAGUGUUAGGACGAGUUCUUUCAAGCAUUUGUGAGGUACAAUCAAAACGGCGCUCGAUUCUUCGGCUCUUUCGAAAUGUGUUUACAUGUCAGAUCUGUCUGUCAACCCGGGACAGGUUUGCUCUCCUUGAUUGUGCUCUCAGAGUGGAGGUGGACUGGUGCUCAUCAAAUUACAUUCAAAUAUAUUUUUUUUUAAAGAGUAAUAAACUAACACCGUCAAGUCUUAUGUAUGACUUAAAUGGAAAAGUAGAAAUAUAUUCAGUAUGUUCUCAAAUCUGAAGCUGUUUUUAUUAUUAGCAAGCUGCAAAUGUUGUUUCGUCAGGGUUCCUAAAAGGUUGCAAACAGUUGCAAGUAGAUUUUAAUUGAAAAAUUGCUCGGUGAGAUGCAAGCUUGUCCCCGUGGACUGAACAAUAUUGUGUGCAGUGAGUCUUGAAGCUCCAGUCAAGAUGUGAACUUUGUUAUUCUGUUGAGAGGAGAGCAGUGCUAUGAAACAAACAGCACUUUGGUUAUAGAAAAAAAAAUAGACUCGUCAUGUUAACAAGGAUGGAAAAUGGUACACCAUGUGACACUAUUAUUCUCCAUUAUUAAUUUCUGCAAGUGUCAGAAAUAAUCUUACAACAUUCCUAGGAAAUUACAAUAUUCAGACCGUGGGAUGCUCGUGUGGUCGUAGGUCGCCUCUGUCAUAAAGAAAAAAAAAAAAAAAGAAAACCCUCACCUCAUCGAUGGGAAGUUGUGCUACAAACCCACUGCUUGUAUUCUUGUUUCUCUUCUACAUGAUCAUCUAUCGAAAUGUGAGUUAGUGCUUGAUGAAAGAAAAUAUAUCAAAUAUGUAUGCACAUUACAGGACUUGCACAGCAGCUCUAAAACAGGAGAAGCACAGAAUUUGCACUAAAGCAUCUCAAGUGAUGGAGAUGAUGAUGGCCGCCGCCGCCAUUGAGUCGUGUUAUUUGUCUUUCAUGAAGCAAGCCGAUUUGUGAUGGUGCUAAAUGUGUCAUGUGACUGACAGAGGAAUUCCGAGACAGUGUUUUCACCAUCUUCCUAACAAUAUUUCAUUUGACGUAGACAACUUUCUACUUGUGGAGUUUCUCUUUCUGUUGGUGUAGUGUUUCAUAAACCUUUUCAUUAUUGUGGGAAAAGAAUCAAAUGAUCACUUUGCUUUCUGGUAGCAAUGACACAAUAGCCAGUAGAAGUUCACUGUACUUGCCAUGUGCAUGACAAGACUUUAUUUAAAUUGAAAUGUUCUUUGAAAUACCUCCUAUUUUUCUUGCAGGUUAAAAAAAAAGAAAAUCACUGCUCAGGCCUUUAAAUUGGGUUUAGUUUGUAGUGUGGACGAUUAAAAUGAUGAAAUAUUGAACUCGACGGAAUCAAAUUUAUUUUUAUUAUAUGGUCACUACGAGUCAUGGGAUUGUCAACCUUUUUAGAGUUUGUUAGAUGUUAUCUUUGAGGAAUUUAGAAUAUUUGAAAAGGUCUAAUGGUUUGAUUAAUAAAAAUGAUUCAGCGAGAGAUGUUAUCUUGCAUGUUGUCAAUUUGUACAACAACAAAUACUAUAUAAUAUUACAACAAAUGGGAAGAAAAAAUCCCCCGUGCUGGUUUCAGUCUGAACUGUGUAUACAAUCAAAUACCUCUUCCUGUUUCUGUGACUUUGGCUUGUUGCUGUUGUGACUGUAGAAAUGUGUCUCUCCAAAUCAUUUAGCUGCACUGAAUAGUUUUUUUGCUGUGAAGAAAUAUAUGUUCAUGUCAAUGUUGCGUUACUAUUUGAAUUAUGCAAUGACACUGUGCGUUGUGUCGCGGUAGCUUGUCUUUCUUUUUAGAAGUCAGUCAUAUGAAGAAAUGUGCGGGUUUAAAAUGUUUUAGUUCCUUGCCUUCCUUUGUCCAUGUAUGUAUGCACUUUAACUACCAAAUAAAGUCGAGAUUAUAAAGACA